AUGUUAGAUACAACAGAAAGCCAAUUCCAUAAAUACAUCUAUUUCAACUCUAGAAACCAAUUCUCAUACAAAACAGAAAAAGUAUUGCUGAAGGAAAUGGAGGCCAAAAUGCUUCCUCUCCCUUUUUUCAUCAUUAUUUUCAUCUUUUCCCAAUUUUUUCUUUCAACAUCUAAAACGAUCCUAGAGAACAACACCUCUGAAUUUUCAUCAUCUGCAAGUUUGUCGAGCCGUAAUGCGGAAAGGCUUAUCAAAUCCUUCAACCUAACGCCUAAGCAUGGCAUCAAUGUUAUCCCAAGGGGAAGCCCUGAUGCUCCGAGACUCUUCACGAGGCAACUCGAUUUUCCGGCGACAAUCAGCGCCAUGAAAGCUUCUAGUGGUCCUUCAGUCCGAAAGUUUGGCCACUACGCCGGUUACUACAGCCUCCCUCAUUCAAAAUCAGCAAAGAUGUUUUAUUUCUUCUUUGAGUCGCGGAACAACAGAACCGAUGAUCCGGUUGUGAUAUGGUUAAACGGUGGACCGGGUUGCAGUAGCAGUGUAGCUUUGUUCUAUGAGAACGGUCCGUUUAAAAUUUCGGAUAAUCUUUCUCUCUCUUGGAACCAUUUUGGUUGGGACAAGGUUGGUUUGCCUUCGAUAGAAAACAAUUUGGCCAAUCUAAUUUACGUGGACCAACCAAUUGGAACUGGUUUUAGUUAUACAUCGGAUAGUAGUGAUCUGCGUCACGAUGAGGCAGGUGUCAGCAAUGACCUCUACGAUUUCUUACAGGCUUUUUUUAAAGAGCAUCCGAAAUUUGCGAAGAACGAUUUCUACAUUACCGGAGAAUCUUACGCUGGUCACUACAUUCCAGCGUUAGCUUCACGAGUUCACAGUGGAAACAAAAAUAACGAAGGAAUCCCUAUCAACCUAAAGGGAUUUGCGAUCGGUAAUGGUUUAACCAACCCAGAGAUUCAAUAUGCUGCUUAUGCGGAUUAUGCGCUAGAAAUGAAGUUGAUAUCAAAGUCCGAUCACGAGGUUCUGAAGCAAGAUUAUGUUGACUGUCAACGUUUCAUCGAAAAAUGCAACCUUGAUGGUGGGUCAGCUUGUGUUUCUGGUUUCAAUGUGUGCAACGGCAUAUUCUCCAAGAUAGCGGCUAAAAUAGAAGGCACAAAUUACUAUGAUGUGAGGAAGAAAUGUGUGGGAAGCUUGUGCUAUGACUUUUCGAAGAUGGAAACAUUCUUGAACCAAGAAAACGUAAGAAAGGCUUUAGGAGUUGGAGAUAUCAAAUUUGUGUCUUGUAGUACCCAAGUUUAUGAUGCAAUGACCGAGGAUUGGUUGCAUAAUCUCGAGCUCAAGAUUCCGGCUCUUAUCGAAGAUGGUAUCAAACUCCUUGUUUAUGCCGGAGAAUAUGAUCUCGUCUGUAGUUGGCUCGGGAACUCCAGGUGGGUUGAGCAGAUGAAUUGGUCAGGCCAUAAGGAUUUUGGAUCAGCCAAAACAUUACCGUUCCUAGUAGAUGGUAAAGAAGCCGGUUUAAUGAAGAAUCACGGUCCUCUCACGUUUCUUAAGGUUCAUGAGGCUGGACACAUGGUUCCGAUGGAUCAGCCCAAAGCUUCUUUGCAAAUGCUUCGGACUUGGAUGCAAGGAAAGCUCGCUACUUCGAAUGAGAGGCUUAUCAAAUCCUUCAAUCUAAUACCUCAACAUAAGGUCAAUGUCAUACCAAAGGGAAGCCCUGAUGCUCCGAGACUUGUUGAGAGCCAAUUCGAUUUCUCAGCGAUUAUCGACGCCGGAAACGCUUCCGGUGGUCCUUCAGUCCAACAGUUUGGCCACUACGCCGGUUACUACGCCCUCCCUCAUUCGAAAUCCGCCAAGAUGUUCUAUUUCUUCUUUGAGUCACGGAACAACAACACCGAUCCGGUUGUGAUAUGGUUAUCGGGUGGACCGGGUUGUAGUAGCAGUGUGGCUCUGUUCUAUGAGAACGGUCCGUUCACGAUAUCCGAAGAUCUCUCUCUAUCUUGGAACGAUUUUGGUUGGGACAAGGUAUCCAAUCUAAUUUACGUCGACCAACCAAUCGGGACCGGUUUCAGCUACACAUCGAACAGCAGCGAUCUCCGGCACGACGAGGCCGGUGUUAGCAAUGACCUCUACGAUUUCUUACAGGCUUUUUUCAAAGAACAUCCGAAAUUCGCCAACAACGAUUUCUAUAUUACUGGUGAAUCUUACGCUGGUCACUACAUUCCGGCUUUGGCUUCACGAGUUCACAGUGGAAACAAGAAGAACGAAGGAAUUCCAAUAAACCUUAAGGGCUUUGCGAUUGGUAACGGUUUAACCAACCCGGAGAUCCAGUAUGGUGCGUAUGGGGAUUAUGCACUGGAAAUGAAGUUGAUCUCAGAGUCCUUGCACGAGAGUCUUAAGAAAGAAUAUGCUGACUGUCAAAGUUCCAUCAAACAAUGCAACCUUGGUGGUGGUGAAGCGUGUGGUUCUGCUUAUCAAGUUUGCGCCAACAUCUUCAACGAGAUAAUGACUGAAAUAGAUGGCACAAAUUACUAUGACGUGAGGAAGAAAUGUCUUGGAAGCUUAUGCUAUGACUUUUCGAAGAUGGAGACAUUCUUGAACCAAGAAAACGUAAGAAAAGCUUUAGGAGUUGGAGAUAUCCAAUUUGUGUCGUGUAGUACCGACGUUUAUGAUGCAAUGUUGAACGAUUGGGUGCUUAAUCUCGAGGCCAAGAUUCCUGCUCUUGUCGAAGAUGGAAUCAAUCUUCUGGUUUAUGCCGGAGAAUAUGAUCUCAUCUGCAAUUGGCUUGCGGGAACAAAAGGUCAAGAAAAUGGUCUACUCUCAAUUCCGGUUGGAACCGACAUAGUUUGCACAGUUUUGGUGUUUUCCGGAAACUCCAGGUGGGUUGAGCAGAUGAAGUGGUCAGGUCAGAAGGAUUUUGGAUCAGCCAAGACAGUACCCUUCCUGGUAGAUGGUAAAGAAGCCGGUUUAAUGAAGAAUCACGGUCCUCUCACUUUUCUUAAGGUUCAUGAUGCUGGGCACAUGGUUCCGAUGGAUCAGCCAAAAGCUUCUUUACAAAUGCUUAAGAAUUGGAUGCAAGGAAAGCUCGAUACUGUGACUGGCCCAAAAGUUGGCCAUUGAUUUUAAUGUGCAAGCCGAAUGUUUAUUAAGAAAAUGACAUAGGGGGUGUUUUUAAAAUUUAUUUGUUAUUGGGUUUACUUGCAAUGUCAACAAUAAGUCCUAGACGAAAAUAUAAGAUUUGGCUUGAAAUAUUUAUUUUAGAAAAAUUAAUAAUAAAAUUCUACAAAAUAGUUAAUUAAAAAAUGAUCCGAGGAAUCCCCUAUGUCAUUAAGUUUAGCUGUUUCGAGAGGCAUUUUAA